AGUACCCGACUGGUAUGGACUGCCACAACCAAUGCAGAGGGAACCACUACAACAACGCACGAGAUGGCAACAAACGCCGAAAAGACGGAGGCCAGAACAAGCACUCUCCAGGGCGUCCACGCCAAGGGGAGCCCACACAGAUAUGUACUGAUCUCCACGCUCCCAAACAAACGCACAACAUGUACAAACAGUAACUUCAGAAGACCGCUAGCAUUUUUGCUGCAAAUACUCCUCACGCUCCUCACCCCAGUAAGCAAUUGGACUACUACGGGUAGCGGGGCCUUGGGAGGGCGGCUCCCCUCUUUCUCUACGGGGAUCCGCGCCCCUAACGCUACCGAACUCAGUCUACAACCGCAA